AAUAUUUGGUGCUUGACCACUCAACCAAAUUAUAUUUACGAAGUUGGCUAUUGCGACAUCAUAUGCCAAACAUCUUAUGUGUCUUUGUCGAGAAAAAAAGGCCAAGCUUCUCAAUUUGCACAAGGGAAUUUACUUCCAGAAUACCGAAGAAAACUAACCAAGUCAUCUAGUUAGAAUUGCCUAAAGUUAAACUGAACAUCUUGAAGUGAAGAUGGCCGCAGCACAAGAGUAUUCYACAGAAGAACUUAACUACUUCAGGGUUUGCAACGUCACCACUCGAAUCAUUSCUGACGGACUACGAGUAGUCUUCAAACAAUUAUGGGACACUCAUUACCAGGCGACACACGGCCAGUGGCAAGAUACGGCUAAGAAUGGCAUUGAUUUGUACAACAUGGAAUCUUCUAAAAGUCGUAAGAGAAAUUCACGAGAACUUUUAAUUUUGAGAAAUGGCAAUAGUCGUAAAUGGGACUGUACCAGUCUUUCUUUUGCCAUUCUUUWUUCAGCUAGCAUUGGCAAGGGUCUCGAUCCCGUUGUURAGAAAGGCGUGSAUGAUUUACGUCAAUUCCGUAAUAMAGUCUUUGCUCAUGUGYCUGAUGGAAAGCUGACAGUARRGGAUUUUCAAAAAUCUAUCCAAACGGUCAUASRUGCUUUUAGCGCCCUGAAACUAGACACUGCUGGUAUCGAGGCAAUCAAAAWCCARAAAACAUUUCUUACAGAGGAACUACGUCUCAYUCAGCAACAGUUAGAAAAGGARAAAAUACGUAACGAGGAACCACGAUCGUUUUGUGUUUUGCCACCCAAACCAUCCCACGAAGUUAUCGAUCGUUCAAGCGAAAUGAAUGAGAUACUACAAGAGAUGAAAAGGUUGAGAAGCAUAAAAAGAAAUGAAAUAACUGUURUUUAUCUGUCUGGGAAUCCUGGCUGUGGCAAAAGUGAAAUAGCAAGGCAGAUAGGUGAGAAUGUUUUCGAUGAUGUUCCCGAUAACGCGACAGAUCAAGUAAAGUUUGUGUUCGCCCUAAACGCAUCCAGUAYAGACACAUUGAUACAAUCAUAUAUUGAAUUUGCAAUUACUUUGAACUGCGAUGAGAAUUCUACUACGAGUAUUGGAACAUCAAAAGAUCUUUCUCCGGAAGACAAACUUAUUCAUCUUAAAAGUCUUGUAGCUCCCAAACUGCGAAAGUAUUCUUCAUGGCUCUUGAUCGUAGAUAACGUCACAGACGUUAAAUCAGUCUUCAGRUUCUUACCACAAGCGGGAGAGAAGACGGAGGGCAAUGGUCAGAUACUUAUUACCACACAAGACAGUCGAUCCAUUGUUGCCUAUGAUUCGUACACUUACCAUUUAUCCCUUAGUCGCGGUAUGAAACCUGAYGAAGCGGUAAAAACACUWUCURAAAUAUCGGGCGUUUCUUCAAAUAAAGAAUGCAUUUUACAAGUUGCGAAGGCUCUAGAUUACCAGCCACUAGCACUAGCGUGUGCAGCAACUUACAUGAAGCGUGUAAGUGAUAUAACGUCAAUCUCAUGGGAAGAAUAUUUACAGAAGAUUCAACAAGGCAAGAGAGAAGCGACUGAAGGGGAAUAUAAAAGAAUUAGCGUAACUUACCCUCAAUCGAUGACUGCAGCAGUCAAGUUGGCCUUAGAAAAAGAAAUGGCUGCAGACAAGGUUAUGAUGCAUGCUUUUCAGUUCUUGUCUGCGUUGGGCCCUGAGCGGAUACCCUUGGAAUAUGUCGUACAAUAUGUAACACGGUGCAUGCCAGAUCAAGACGAAGAUCUCGUGGCCGCCACUGUCUUUUCAUCUUCACUUAUUCUUAAUUCUCCAGAAGACCAGUCAAAAGAGAUUGGUGUACAUCAAGUUGCACAUAGCUGUCUACAAGAUAUUGUUCUACACAAGAGCAAAGCAGAAGAAUUCUAUUUCCUGGUAAACGUAAUUAAUGCUUUUUCAGCACUUUUAAAUGUCUUUGAUAAGGACAACGUCAAUCACAUUACAACAACAAAAUCAGUAGCAGUGCAUUUUAUGCACCUCUCAAAACAUUUAUCCAAUUUUGCAAUGGAAUCUUUAUCCCCCAUAAAACGAAACACGAAUUUUCAACAAGGAUACAACGAGUCCGUGAGUUGCAUAACGACCGCGGGAAAGGUCUGCCAAACCCACGCUAAGCACGAAGCUGCAAAAACAUUCUUUCAAACAGUACUUAUGAUGGAAGAAUUUUAUCAUCAUUGUAAUCAUCCAACAUUUGCUUCUGCGUUGAAUAGUCUAGCAUGGAGCCUCCGUCAUCUGGGCAAGCAUGAAGAAGCGCAGAAAUGUUUUGAGAGAGCCUUGCAAUUGGCUAUUCAAGAAAUGGCGUAUGGUCAAAAUCAUCCUAUAAUUGCUACUAUAUUGAAUAAUCUAGCAUUGAACCUCCGUGAUCUGGGCAAGCAUGAAGAAGCGCAGAAAUGUUUCGAGAGAGCAUUGGCUAUUGAUGAGAUGGCGUAUGAUCAAAAUCAUCCAAUACUUGCUAUUACAUUAAAUAAUCUAGCAUUGAACCUCCGUGAUCAGGGCAAGCAUGAAGAAGCGCAGAAAUGUUUCGAGAGAGCAUUGGCUAUUGAUGAGAUGGCGUAUGGUCAAAAUCAUCCAACACUUGCUAGUACAUUGAGUAACCUAGGAUCGAACCUCCGUGAUCUGGGCAAGCAUGAAGAAGCGCAGAAAUAUCUCGAGAGAGCAUUGGCUCUUCAAGAGAUGGCGUAUGAUCAAAAUCAUCCAAACCUUGCUGCUAUGUUGAAUAAUCUAGGAUCGAACCUCCGUGAUCUAGGCAAGCAUGAAGAAGCGAAGAAAUGUUUUGAGAGAGCAUUAACUAUUGAUGAGGUGGCGUAUGAUAAAAAUCAUCCAAAACUUGCUACUACAUUGAGUAAUCUAGGAUUGAACAUCCGUGAUCUGGGCAAGCAUGAAGAAGCGCAGAAAUAUUUCGAGAGAGCAUUGGCUAUUCAAGAAAUGGCGUAUGCUCAAAAUCAUCCAACACUUGCUAUUACAUUGAACAAUCUAGCAUUGAGCCUCAGUGAUCUGGGAAAGCAUGAAGAAGCGCAGAAUUAUUUCGAGAGAGCAUUGGCUAUUAAAGAAAUGGCGUAUGAUCAAAAUCAUCCAAACCUUGUUACUAUAUUAAAUAGUCUAGCAUUGAACCUUGGUGAUCAGGGCAAGCAUAAAGAAGCGCAGAAAUGUUUCGAGAGAUCAUUGGCUAUUCAAGAAAUGGCGUAUGAUCAAAAUCAUCCAACACUUGCCGUUAUAUUGAAUAACCUAGCAUUGAACCUCCGUGAUGUGGGCAAGCAUGAAGAAGCGCAGGAACGUUUCAAGAGAGCGAUGCAUAUUGAUGAGAUGGCGUAUGGUCAAAAUCAUCCAAUACUUGCUAUUACAUUGAAUAAUAUGGCAUUGAACCUCCGUGAUCUGGGCAAGCAUGAAGAAGUGAAGAAACGUUUCGAGAGAGCAUUGGCUAUUCAAGAGAUGGCGUAUGGUCAAAAUCAUCCAAAACUUAUUUCUACAUUAAAUAAUCUAGCAUCAUAUCUCUUUUUUCUGGGCAAUUUUGAAGAAGCGCAGAAAUGUAUCGAGAGAGCCUUGGCUAUUCAAGAAAUGGCGUGAUCAUUAUCAUCCAACACUUGCUACUAUGUUGAAUAAUCUAGCAUUGAACAGGGUUCCCAGGGGUCAGGGAAAAGUCAGGGAACUAUUUAUUUAGUCAGGGAAAUUGCGAUUUUCACCUAAAGUCAGGAAAAAGUCAGAGAAUUUGGUUUAAAGUUAACCAUGAGUAUCCGUGUGAUACUCAUACUGCUUGCAAUUUUCAAAUAGACCGAUAACAAUCUUUUCAAAUAAUGAAAAAAAUAUUGAAGUAUUUAGUAUCAUUUAUGCCGAACAGUUUAAUUACGUUGGGUGUCCUGUGUAAUAUGAUAAUAGCGGGGCCAAGGUAAAACUAAGGCAUGUGACCCAUGCUUGCCCUUGAAUCUCGACAAGGCCAGUGAAAACUGUUAUUUGGUCAGGGAAAAGUCAGGGAAUUUUUAUUUUCAAAAUGGCUGGUAACCUUGUUGAACCUCCGUGAUCUGGGCAAGCAUUAAGUAGCGCAGAAAUAUUUCGAGAGAGCAUUGGCUAUUAAAGAGAUGACGUAUGAUCAAAAUCAUCCAAAACUUGCUGCUGCAUAAUUUGGUCAGUAAUGAGCUUUGUUAGCUUGAGUAGAAUAAUGUUUAAAGUACGUACCUGAGUUGCAUGGGUUGCUUUCGCGGCUAACGCGUCGUCUUUCAACGCUGUGAGUCCUACGGGUCGGGUCGCCACACGUGAAAUGGUGGUUUUCUCCGGGUUUUCCGGUUUCCUCCCUCCGUAAGUUGAGCGUUGUGUGCAUAGAAUAUUGAUUGUAGUGGUGAUGCGUGUGAGCAAAAAAUGACCCCAAUUAGUGCGAAAGCGCUAGAACGACUAGACACUAAAAUAAAGAUUUUUUAAAAUUUUAUUUAUUUAUCUUUUUUUUAGUGUUGGUCAAAAAUAUUAUACACUUAGUUAAUGUCCGGUCGCGAGGGAAAUAGUUAGUUUUGUUUUCCCUCGGGACUAGUUCUUAAUUGUUAUAUAACAAAACACUUAAUGUCUGGUCCCUCGGGAAAUUAUAGUUAGUUUUGUUUUCCCUCGUGACUAGUUCUUAAUUGCUAUAUAACACAACACUUAAUGUCUGGUCCCUCGGGAAAUUAGUUAGUUUUGUUUUCCCUCGGGACUAGUUCUUAAUUGCUAUAUAACAAAA